CUGGGAACUCGCAAUAUUCCUUAUCCGUGUAAAGUUCACCUUGAGGAAAUGUCCCUGUUACUGUCACCCUCUUGAUUGUUAUUUCCCCUCUACAGUACCAGAGGAAGUGGUUACAGUGCUGUGCUACGGCCAUAGAUCAGGACUGUCAUGAAGGCCAGAGCUUGUACAAGAAGAGAGUACAGUGUCAUCCUCCUCGUUCUGGCCAUGGGUGUCUUAAUCUUAGUGCUUCGCAACAUGGACUUUCUGGAGUUUCAGGAUAUAAUGAAGUCCAUCAUCGUCCCAAAAGUUUCCACUGAUCCUGACAUGAAUCACAGCUUCUGCACCUUCCAGCCACUCUCCCCUGAGGACGCUCUGGAGGAACGCCUCCUACUAGACUCCAUUGCUUGGCCUGAAACUCCACCUUUGCCAGCUCCUGUUUCCCUGGAGCAGACCAGUGAUCCAGCUCACAGCACCUUCACCAUUCUCCCAAGGAGGGGAGGAGGACAGUGGCAUGUAGGGGAUCAGCUGGAGGUCAUGAUAACAAUGUCUGACUUCCAUGGUCGUCCCAAGAAGUAUGGGGGGGACUUCUUACUCGCCCGGCUCCACAACCUGAAGCUUGGUGCAGGUGUAGCUGGGCAAGUGGUGGAUCAUCUCAAUGGGAGCUACUCUGCUGUAUUCUCUUUACCCUGGGAAGGAGACGCGCAGGUUGAGGUGACGCUGGUUCAUCCUAGUGAGGCUAUCACUGUGCUGAGCAGGCUGACCAGAGAACAUCCUGACAGGAUUUACUUCCACAGCCUCUUCCGCUCAGGCUCACUUUCUGAAACUACUGUCUGUAACGUCUGCCUGCGUCCAACCCAGCAGCCGCUGUGCAACUACACUGACAUCCGUACAGGCGAGCCUUGGUUCUGCUACAAGCCAAAGAACCUGAGCUGUGACUCCAGGAUCAGCCAUUCCAGGACAAGAUACAAAGUAAACAUUGAGGCCAAUGAGACAAAGCUCUUUCAAAGGGGUGUCAACUUGAAAGUCUACAUUCGGGCACCAAGACCUGCCAAUGUUGAUGUGUUGCCAAAAACAAUAGGUCAACCAGAGGUGAGGAGCAGCAAUGUGACAUCUAGACCCUCUGGCUAUUACUACCAGGGUUUGUGGCAAACACUGGAUGGCACCACAGUUCACCAAUUCAACAUUUCUGCCAUCAGUCAGUGUCUGAAAGACAAGGUAGUCCACAUGUAUGGAGACUCCACCAUCAGGCAGUGGUUUGAAUACCUCAACGCCAUACUACCAGAUCUUAAGGAGUUCGACCUGCACAGCCCGCACAAAGUUGGACCUUACAUCUCCUUGGACUAUGCAAACAACAUCUUGGUGACAUUCCGAUGCCACGGUCCUCCUCUCAGUUUUACCAUUGUCCCAAUCAGCGAGUUUCGUUACAUUGCCAAUGAACUAGAUGGCUUAAUUGGAGGCACCAGUACUGUUGUAGUUUUUGGCAUCUGGGCUCACUUUGGCCCUUUCCCCAUGGAGGUGUACAUCCGGCGGCUGCAGAAUAUCCGCAGGGCGGUGGUGCGGCUGCUCGACAGGGCUCCAAGCACAGUGGUCAUCAUCCGGACAGGGAACCCAAGAGCUCCGGCACUUGACGUGACGCUAACCUUCGGCGACUGGUACUCGCUGCAGCGUGAUAAGGUGCUCAGAGCCAUGUUCAAAGGACUGAAUGUUCAUCUGGUUGAUGCCUGGGAGAUGGUUGUGGCCCACCACCUGCCGCAUAACAUCCAUCCAUCAGGUACCAUUAUUAAGAAUAUGCUUAAUGUUCUCUUGUCAUAUGUAUGUCCUCAAAAGGGUGGCUAGAUGUGUGUGUGUUGGGGGAGAACUGUAGAUUCAAGUGCACACUGAGUUUACGUUGUCUCUGUGUUCCUACCAAAUGCUGCAUUUUGCCUUCAGUAGUCACCAGCACAGACCAGACCGACAACAGUGUUUAUAAAUCUACUUUUAAUCAGAGUAUGUGUGAUAAUUUUGUAAUAAUACUGUAUUAUAAUUAGGUUUGUCAGCAUUAAUGUGUUAAACAUGAUGCAAUUAAGGACAAAGGAUAAUAUCUACAAAUUUUUAGUAUUCACAUGAUGCCAAUUCGUCUCUUCUUUGUGACCUAAAUUAUGGUCAAGUUAUCGCAACAGCUUCCUGCUGCUGUAAUGAUGGCAGGUAGCAAACCUCUGAGUAGUUAAAGGAUAACUUAGGUAUUUUUCAACCUGGGCCCUAUUUCCCCAUGUGUAUGUGUGUGUAUGAUUUAUAGGUACAACUCGUUCUAAAAUUGUUCAGUUCACUAUUGAGGGAGGCGGAUGCAACCGGGAGCCGUGAAACAAACUAAAACGGUAACGGGGGCAAAUGCGUCCCAUAUAAGUUUGUGCAUUAAAAGUGCUUUUUUUCGCCACUGACCGGUUCAGAUCGCCAGUGCUAUCUCUGUAGAUAGCAUACUAAGCAUUUCCCUGACCCUUCACCUCCUCCCGGCUGUGACGUCAUCUCGCGACAGCUUUGCUUGUUGCCGGAAGAAAACAGAGGAGCCAUGCUGAGCACCACUCAGAGUGGCCCUGGUUGUCACAGAGUACAGUUGAGAGUUUUACUGCAUCCACUGAAAACAAUGGUUCGUGUUUGCAAAAACAGGAUGUCACACAACACCCCGUACAGCUUUCAUAGGCUGCCUUUGUUGGACGGCGAGAUGCUGAAGUUGUGGCUAGUUGCGCUACAAACGGAUGCUAACACUCCUCUCCAGACACAGAAUUUCUUGCUUUAUCAAUGGGGUUGGGACCAUCAGUUGUGUUGUGCAGAAGUCAGGUUAAUACACAGCCGACAGCCCUAUUGGACAACUGUUAAAAUUCAUAUUAUGGCAAGAACCAAUCAGCUAACUAAAGAAAAACGAGUGGCCAUCAUUACUUUAAGAAAUGAAGGUCAGUCAGUCCGGAAAAUUGCAAAAACUUUCAAUGUGUCCCCAAGUGGAGUCGCAAAAACCAUCAAGCGCUACAACGAAACUGGCACACAUGAGGACCGACCCAGGAAAGGAAGACCAAGAGUCACCUCUGCUUCUGAGGAUAAGUUCAUCCGAGUCACCAGCCUCAGAAAUCGCAAGUUAACAGCAGCUCAGAUCAGAGACCAGAUGAAUGCCACACAGAGUUCUAGCAGCAGACCCAUCUCUAGAACAACUGUUAAGAGGAGACUGCGCGAAUCAGGCCUUCAUGGUCAAAUAGCUGCUAGGAAACCACUGCUAAGGAGAGGCAACAAGCAGAAGAGAUUUGUUUGGUCCAAGGAAUGGACAUUAGAUCAGUGGAAAUCUGUGCUUUGGUCUGUGGAAACCAUUUCAGGUGACUGCCUCUUGAAGCUCAUGGAGAGAAUGCCAAGAGUGUGCAAAGCAGUAAUCAGAGCAAAGGGUGGCUAUUUUGAAGAAACUAGAAUAUAAAACAUGUUUUCAGUUAUUUCACCUUUUUUUGUUAAGUACAUAACUCCACAUGUGUUCAUUCAUAGUUUUGAUGC